AUGUGUAAGUAUCACGGCACUUAUGGUCAUAGGACCGAAAAUUGCAAACAAUUAAGAGAAGAAGUAGCUCGAUUGUUCAUCAAUGGCCACCUCCGAGAAUUCCUAAGCGAGCGAGCCAAAAACCACAUCAAAAAUUGGGACACCAACAAACAGGUCGAACUGGAAGAGCCUCAGCACGUGAUCAAUAUGAUCAUUGGGGGAGUCGAUUUCCCCCAAGGGCCAAUGAUAAAACUAACUAAAGUGUCUAUUACGAGGGAAAAAAAAACUCGGGAUUACGUUUCAGAGAGCGCUAUUUCGUUCAGUAACGAAGAUACCGAGGGCAUCAUACAGCCUCACAAUGAUGCACUAGUCAUAUUUGUACUUAUCAAUAAAUACCGAGUUAAACUUGUAUUGAUUGAUCCAGGUAGCUCAGCCAACAUCGUCAGAUCAAAGGUCAUAGAGCAACAAGGGUUACAGGAUCAAAUCGUACCGGCGUUCCGGGUAUUGAAUAGGUUCAACAUGGCAUGUGAGACCACAAAAGUGGAGAUAACUUUGCCGGUAAACACUGCCAAUACAACCCUAGAAACGAAGUUCUAUGUGAUCGAAGGAGAUAUGAGAUGCAACACUUUAUUCGGAAGGCCAUGGGUCCACAACAUGAGGGCGGUACCUUCAACCUUACACCAGGCGUUGAAAUUUCCCACACCGUGGGGAGUCAAAACGGUCUACAGAGAACAGCCGGCCGCGAGAGAAAUGUUUGCCGUUGAUGAUGUGAUCCUGGUGCUCGCGGUUUCAACAUCAAGAAGAACGGACUAA